UUCGAAAACGAAUGCGGCGCCGUGAACACAAAGGGAAUCCAUUACCGAUAAAUCGAAUAAAUCAAUGCAAAAGUAACAUUUUUUUUAAAUAUAAUAAAAUAAAGAAUCUUAUAGGUUGCAUGUAUCUUAUAGAUUGGCAUGUGCAAAAGUGUAAAAAGUGUAAAAAGUGUAAUGAAGCCUGGAGAGAGAAGUGCAAAUAAAGAGAGCUGCUAAUAAAUUGCAACUAAGGUGAUCAGUGAUAACUUCUCUCCGCCGCUCUCUCCGGCUCUCUCGCUCUUUUGAAGGGCAUUCCCCGUGAAUUUUUUUCGGCUGCUCUUAUCGAAAACUCGCUAGCUGAUAAGGUUUGAUAACAGAUAAGGUGGCGGUUCUCUGUUCUCACCUCUCUCGUCUCUGCUCCCAUUGCUCACCUCCUCUCUCUCUCUCUCUCGCUUUUCCUUUCGCGCGUCAAUCGUAUUCUCUCAUUGUCCGUUAAAUCGCGAACAGCUGUUGAAAGCAAGUGGCUGCAAACAAAGCUCAAGAGUGCAGCAACAAAAACAAAAAGGAAAUUCACAAGUCGCUGAAAGUGGAACGCAACAAGAAUAUAUUAUUUAAAAUAAAAAAAAAACAAAAAAAACUUAAAAUUUAUAUAGCACAUAUAUAAAAAAGAGGAGAGAAAACCAGCCACAAUGGGAAGAGAUCGAAUGCCGGAGCUUUUGCGCUCGUUGAGCUCGAACUCGAACUCGAACUCCUCGUCCAACGGUUCCCUGCUCCUGAACGUGUACAGUGGAACCACAGAAUUCAAGACCAGCACAGGCCCAGGCGGCACCGGAAAUAGCUACACCAUAUCCGGUCAUAAUAAUAAUAAUAAUAAUACAAAUACUAAUAACAACAAUAACAAUAGUGGCGACAGCAAGGAUCGGGCCAGCACCAAAAUGUCUCAAUAUGGCUCGAAUGUGGAUGAUAUUCUCAAUCCGUACUCGGAGAUUCGCCAGCAACUCGCUCACAUUGCCGCCAAUUUGGAGGCGAUGAACCGCAUGACCCAAACUAUUAAUCUGCGAACGUUUAACGAGAACGAAAUGGGUGAGUUGCACAGUAAAAAUCUGCGGUUGGGCAAUCAGCUUAUGACGCGAUUCAAGGACUUUAAGGCAAAUCUUCCGGCGGAGAAUGACUACAGCUUGGAGGCCAGAAUGAAAAGAACCCUGUUCUAUGGUCUCCACCAGACCUUUAUAAAUCUUUGGCAUAAAAACGAACUUUUCCUGCAGAACUACGAGUUCAAGGUGAAAAAGAAUCUGCGUUUGCAUUCCAAAAUAAUCAACUCAGAGGCCAGCGAACAAGAGAUCGAGUUACUCAUUGAAAACAAAACAACGAAGCUCUUUGUGGACAAUAUCCUUCAAGAAACGGAAAAGGAACGCCAGACACUGCGCGAUCUAAUGGACAGAUUCAAUGAGCUGCGUCGCCUGGAGAAGUCCAUUGAGGAGGUUCACGCCCUGUUCAUGCGUAUCCAGACCCUGGUCCUGGAGCAGAGCGAGACGAUCCAGCGGGUUGAGUUCCAUGCCCAGCAGGCCACCUUGUAUGUGGACAAGGGUGCCGACGAACUGGACCAGGCGGAGAAGCACCAGAAGAGAGCGCGCAAGAAAAAAAUAAUGCUCAUUGUGAUACUUGCGGUCGUGUUGUUAGUAUUACUUCUCGUUGGUAUUUAUUUGUGAUGUAAAUGUGACAUUUAAUUAUAUUAUUACAUUUUUUUUUUUUUUUGUAUAUUAUUAAGCUAUAAAUUUAAGGAAAUAAACUAAAAGAUA